GUGCAUGAUGAGGAUGGUGUGGCCAAGAACAUGUACAACUUUAUGCAGGAAUUCUACAAGGCCCUUCCUCAGUACAAGAACCUGGAUUUCUUCAUCUUUGGUGAGUCCUACGCCGGCCACUACGUGCCUGCAGUGUCCCACUACAUCUGGCAACAGAACCAGAAGGGAGACGCAUUCAAGGUCCCUUUGAAAGGCUUGGGUGUCGGCAACGGUCUGACGGAUCCUCAGGAGCAGUACAAGUGGUAUGCCGACAUGGCCUAUGAUGGCGGCAAGUCGGAGGGCGGAACUCUGGAGAAAGGUGUCAUCGGCCGCGUGGGAACUUUGGCCAUGAAGGCCGCAAGCGUCCCGUGCGUGAAGCAGAUCGCAUCCUGCAACGCUGGGGAUGACAACGCAUGCUCCACUGCCUACGCCAUGUGCAACUACGGCGAGCUGAUCCCAUACCAGCUGACCGGCUACAAUCCCUACGACAUGCGCAUCAAGUGCGAGAAGCCUCCUCUUUGCUACGACUUCGGUGCCGUGGAGACCUUCCUGAACGACAAGGCAACCCAGGAGCAGCUGGGCGUCAGCAAGAAGUGGGGAAGCUGCAACCGCAUCUCAGCUGUCCAGCGAGAUGCGUUGCUGAUGCCGCAGAACAAGAACAAAGAGCCAAACUUCUACGUGAAUGCUGCCGCUUGGCAUGCCGUCAGUUCCAGAUGUGACACUUUGACGCCCUGGCUCCUGGCUGUCAGACUGGUGGAGUUGAAGACGGGCGCGAAUCCAACUGUCGAUGUCAAGGAGCUGACAUCUCAAGGUGACACAGAUGCUGUGAUUGAGUGCCGUAUCAAGCAGUUGAGCCUUCAGCGAGUCCUGGCCAAUUUGCAUCAGUUCCCGCUGCAGCCUCUCAUCCAGGCUCAGGCUGCCCUCGCUGAGGCCUAUGGACAGGGCGGCUACUUUGCACAGGCCAGAGACCAUCUAGCACAGGCACGCGAUGUAUGCCACGGAGGCAUCUACGAUGACCGCCAGCAUCAGCGCCUGCAGGCAGACCUUCUUGUGGCAGAGGGAUCUGUCUACUUGGCACAAGGGCAGUUGGAGGCCGCAGAAAAGAUCUUGCUAGAAGCUGCUCGCCUUGGCCGGGAAACACGAGGAGAACUGGAUCAAGAAGCAGCGCAUGUACACCUCCUCCUCGGCCAGGUUGCCUCGCAGAAAGGCGAUUACGACAAAGCCAUCGAUCAUCUUUCUGAAGCAUGGCGCACACGCCUUGGUGACAUGCAGGUGCAUGAUCACAUCGACGGCAAGACAGCGGAGCCUACGCUGCGUGUGAGGCCGCUCUUGGUACCGAGCGCUGCCUAG